AUGGCUGCAAAAUACCCUGAUAGCAGUGAUAACGACGAGGAAGAAAUUCAUAUUGAUCAGCGCAGUAGAAAGUCCGGGGGAAAACAAAGAUAUCCGUUGCAUAUAUACUCUGAUGAGGAUUUUGUAGAUCCAUCUCAAUUUAUAGAAUCUAACGUACCGAGCAAAAUUUCCGAUAAAGAAUAUAACUAUGUCCAAAGUCAUCAAGGUUACCGUAGUGCAACCAGGCAUACAGAAUCAAGAGGACGGUCAGGUAUGCGAAGGUCAUCAAGAAGAGGUUAUAAAGCAGUAGUUGAUACACAAUCAACUCACAAUCAAUAUGAAAAAGAACAUCAAAACCAUCGUGGACUUUAUAAUCGGGAUCGAGGGCAUUUUCAGGGGCGAAGAAAUUUCAGGAGACGUCCAUUUUACAAUCAAGAACAAGACAGGUGGACAAACAACGAAAAUGCUGAUAAAAAUUUUAAUGAAGGGAAGAUGCACAAUGAAGUCCAAAGCCGUAGAAUGGGCUACAGAAGACUAAAAGACUUAGACAGUUCAUCAAGGAAUGCUGACGAAAUUCUCCUAGAAUUAGUUACAAAGAGGAAUGGUUUUGGUGAUAUCUUGAGUCAGAAAUUAAAACCAGAUUGGAUGAUAAUGAUUAUUUCACUUCUUGUGAAAUCAUUUCAAUCCGAAAAACACCAAACAAAGCUGGAACUGGUGGCGCUUUUGAAUACUUCUAAUUUCAUAAUGGUUAAUCUUCUUCUUUUUCUUGGAGAGAUAGAACUUGGGGAAGUAAAGUUACAAGACAUCGAAUUUUCUUCUUUAAUGGAAAACGUUUGUUCAUUGACUCAUACAUUGAUUCAAAGAAUGCAAAGCCACGUAUCUCAGUGGAGCAUUUUAAUUGAAUAUCUAGAUAGGGUUGUAGCCAAAAAUUCUAGUAGAAUCCUCCAUUACAAGCCCGAGGUCGUUACGAAAAUGAAAGAGUUCAAAGCUGCAAAAGAUAAUAUUCAAAAGGUCGACAAUAGAAAAGCAAUAACGUUGUCGAGUGAUGAUUGUGAAUCGCAAGAACCACCUGAAAAUUUCAGGCAGCUCUCUGUUCUUCCCGAAAUGAAAGAUUUUGAUUUCAACGAAAAGCCUUUUCUAAGGGCUAACAAAAUAAAAGGCGGAUAUGACAACUUAGAUCAUUAUUUGGACAUUCAGUUUAGAUUGCUUCGAGAAGAUUUUUUACGGCCAUUGCGAGAAGGAAUUAUGGAGUACAAAAAGCAGUCAGUACACAAAAAUCUUCGCAGGAAAGUUGGGGAUGUGAGAAUUUAUACUAAUGUUCAGAUAGUCCGCCCUGUGUGUAGAGAUGAGGGUAUUGCACAUUUGAUACGUUUAGAUAUGACCAAACUAAGAAACAUUAGAUGGGAAUCUUCAAGAAGGUUAAUGUAUGGGGCACUGCUUUGUUUAUCUCAGGAUGGAUUCAAAAAUAUUCUCUUUGCAAGUGUUACGGAUCGUAAUGAGAGAAUGUUGGAAAAUGGCGAAAUAGAAGUAAAGUUUCAAGAAAAAGAUCUAAGCAAAGUUGAAAAAGCUACAGCAAAUCAUUUGUAUGUUGUAGCUGAAACCACUGCAUACUUUGAAGCUUACAGACAUAUACUGGAGGGUAUGAAAGAAAUAACGCAAGAAAUGCCAUUCCAGAAGUAUAUUGUACAUUGUCAAGCAAAUGCAAAACCUCCUCAAUAUCUUCUGUCUUCAGGUGUUUUGCUUUAUGACUUUUCAAUCCUUCUUUAUAAGGAAGACGAUGAUAAGAGACCCGCAGACGUUUCAUGCUGUGAAAGUAAAAGCAGAUGUCGAACUGAGAUUCCAAUACUCAGUACAUCAAAAUGGCCCUCCGCAGAGACAUUACAUUUGGAUCAUUCUCAACAUAAAGCUCUUCAGUUAGCUUUGACUAAAGAAAUUGCCUUGAUCCAAGGUCCCCCCGGUACCGGAAAGACUUUUCUUGGAAUGAAAAUUGCUCAGAUAUUACUACUUAAUAGAGAUAUUUGGGCUGAAAAGGAUAAACCUGAGCCGAUUUUGGUUGUUUGCUAUACAAAUCAUGCACUGGACCAGUUUCUUCUUGGCAUAAAAAAAUAUACCAAAAAACUUGUUCGAAUCGGUUCACGAUCAAAAGUUCCGGAACUUGAAGAGUACACUUUAACUUCGUAUAGAAGAAAGGCAAAAUUCUCGCGCAUUUUAUCACAGGCUGUCUACGACAGAAAAAAUGACUGUUAUCACAAUAUGGAAGAACACCGAAAAGCCAUUGAAAGUGUAAGUAGAAAAAUUAAAAUUGCAAAAUUAGGCAUUCUCUCCAUAGAAGAAUUGGAAGCUGUCGUUUCCAAAAAACAUUUUGCAGAAUUAAAAAAUGAAAGUGGCAGUUACAUUGACGAAUGGUUGGAAAUCGACAGGGAAAUGUAUUUACUUAAAAACUGUGGUACAGAGUCGGAAGAGGAAAAAGCUCUCAAAAAGAAAUAUGAAAUUCUAUUGCAAUGGGAACAGGAACUAAUCAGAGGCAGAAAAAUCGAUCCUUUGCCAAUGAAACUUCUCAAGCGUUAUCAUAAUCCCUGGAAAUUAAAUUUAAGACAAAGGGGGAGUCUUUUCAAAGUUUUAUUAUCAGAAUUUAAGUCUGGGGUGAAAAAGAAUUUGGACAUAAAUCUCAAGCGAUAUAAUAAUGCGCUUAAUCAUCUAAACAUGCCGUAUGCACCAUUAGAAAUGACCACGAGUAUUCAAAAUAUCAAUAAGUUAAUAGGCAUUUUAAAGGCAAGUGAAAAAGAAAUUAUGGACGAAGAAGUCAUAAAAACAUUUGUCAAUCCUUUUCUGGGUCAACUGAUCAUAGAGAUACAGGGAUAUGCACAGUCGUCACAGUCUUUCUUUUUGUGGCUUAAUUUUGAUGGGUCAACAGAGAGUUGCAAUCGUAUCGCUGAAAUAUUAGACGGAAGGAAGAUCGAAGAUGAGGAUAGCGAUGAAGAGGAUUUUGAUGACCGCAUUCUUGAUGAUGACUAUUCACAUAGAAGUGACACUGACUGGAGGGAAAAGGAAAAAGACUCUCCUAUGACAACUAUCCUGUCAAAAGCAUCUGUAGAAAUUCUCUCAGAUAAAUUGAACCUUUCUGAAAGGUCAACAUGGAUGGAACAUAUUUCCAAACAACAUAUUCGAAUGAAACUCAAAAAGGUUUUGACCUGUAGUGAUGCAAUGACAAAAAGCGAAAGUGAAGACAUUGAGGACGUUUGGGAACUAUCCUUAGACGAUAGAAGAAGAUUAUAUCGAUAUUGGGUGGAUCAGUAUAUCAUUGCGAAAAGGCAAUCUAUAAAAGAUACUGAACAGGAAUAUAACGGAAAAUGUAAAGCUUACAAGGAAGCCCUUGAUUUAGAAAGUGUAGAAAUAAUGGCAGGAGCCGACGUUCUUGGAUUGACAACAACCGGAGCUGCAAAAUUUCGAAGUAUUUUGCAGUCUAUUAAACCCAAAAUCAUCAUUGUUGAAGAGGCAGCAGAAGUGCUGGAGUCACAUAUUGUCACCACUAUCAACUCUGAGUGUCAACACAUGAUUCUUAUUGGGGACCACAAACAACUGAGACCGACACCCACGGUUUAUCAAUUAGCAAAACAAUACAAACUUGAGAUAUCUUUAUUUGAAAGAAUGGUCACGAAUGAGUUGAAUUUCGUCACUCUGAAUUUACAACAUAGAAUGCGCCCGGAAAUAUCUGUGCUUAUGAAACACAUAUAUCCGGAAUUAAAAGAUCACCCGUGUGUUAUUAAGUAUGAUAGGAUCCGUGGAAUUACUUCGGAUUUGUUUUUCAUUGACCAUGAUGAACCCGAGGAGAAAAAUUUUGAAACAAAAAGUCGUUCAAACUUGCAUGAAGCUAGAUUUGUGAAAAGACUAUGCAGAUAUUUACUAGAUCAAGAUUAUCAACCGGAGGAUAUUGUUAUUCUGACACCAUACACUGGUCAAGUAUUAGUUCUGAAGCGAGAAAUACCUAAACAUGAAUCUGAAGGGGUAAAAAUUACAUCAGUGGACAAUUUUCAAGGAGAAGAAAGUGAUAUCAUCAUCCUGUCUUUGGUGAGAAGCAAUGAAGAACAAAAGGCUGGAUUCUUAAAGAUAGAUAACAGGGUAUGUGUCGCUCUCUCAAGGGCUCGUAAAGGUUUAUUCGUAAUUGGCAAUUUUAGUCUUUUUGAGGAAGAAAGUGAAUUGUGGCAGAAAAUCAUUGGUACUGUUAAAAAUGAAGAUAAGUUUGGAAAAGCAUUAAAACUGAGAUGUGAAAAUCAUUCAGAUUUUAUCUGCUGUGUACAGCGUGAUACAGAUUUUGACAAAAUGCCUUUAGGUGGCUGUGGAAAACCUUGUAAUAUAUACUUACAAUGUGGUCACCAGUGCUUGCAAUUUUGUCACAAUAAAGAUCCAGAACAUAAGAAGUACAAAUGCACACAGCCAUGUACUAAAACAAUUUGUCAUCUUGGACAUAAAUGCAAAAAAGAGUGUUUUCAGGACUGUGGCAAAUGCAUGGAACUUGUAAGGAAACCUAUGAAAGCUUGUAAGCACGAAAAUAUUAUGCCAUGUUCCAAAGAUGUUUCUGAUUUUAAAUGUAUGCAACCUUGUAAUCAAAUGCUUUCUUGUCAGCAUACUUGUCAAGGAAAAUGUGAGGAAUGCAGAAAAAUAAAAGGACAUCGAGCAUGUGAAGAAAUAUGUACAUCAGUCCUAUAUUGUGGGCAUACCAUGGAAGGUCCGUGUUUCAAAGUCAAAUCUCGCCCAUUGUGCACAGUGAAAUGCACUGCAAUUCUUUUGUGUGGCCAUGCUUGUUCUGGGACGUGUGGGGAGUGCAUGCAAGGUCAGUUACACAUACAAUGCCAGCAAACUUGUGGAAAAACACUCAUAUGUGGACAUAUUUGUAAGCAGAGAUGUGUUGAAGGAUGUCCACCAUGCAAGAAAAAAUGCGAGUUUUCAUGCCGCCAUACAAAGUGCACUAAGGUUUGUGGGGAAAUUUGCGAUCCUUGUGAUAAACGCUGUGCAAGGGGGUGCAAGCAUGCCAAAUGCCGUGAGCUUUGUAAUAAAAAAUGCAGCAUUCUUCCUUGUACAUUUCCUUGUGUAAAGGUCAGAGAAUGUGGUCAUCAAUGUUCUGGACUUUGUGGAGAACUAUGUCCUCCUUUCUGUAAAACAUGUGACAAGGUAUGCAUUAUGCAAUCGACAGAAAAACAGUGUAACCUUGAAGAACACGAACCAAUAGUUACUUUGAAGAGCUGUGGGCAUACUUUUGAAGCGCAAACUUUAGAUAACUACAUAUUUUAUAAAGAAAAGAGGCCAUAUAGCAUAAUUUCGGCUAAAACAUGCCCUACUUGUGAAAAACCUAUAAAUGGAACAGAUAGGUAUAAAAAUGUUUACGAGGAGAGUAGGAAAAAUGCUGUUGAAAUAACAAAAUAUUUAAGUGAAAAACUUGCUUACAGCAAUUUCAAAAGUGAACAUCAGAGAGUACUGAAAAUGUCUAAGUCAUUGGGAGAUAAUGACGAAAUUGUAAAGAGAAUACUUUUACCUUUAGUAAAAGAGAAAACAUAUAUGCCAGGCUAUCACCAAAUACAGCUUGCUUUGAUACAAAUUGAAAUUUUAUCAGCCCUAUAUGAAAUUCUACAACUCAUGUCUAAUUCCGUCAUUGAGGGAACAAAAGAAGAGAAACAAGUGGCAACAAAGCUUUAUUUUAUUCGCGAUUGGCUGUUUAAAUGCGUAGAAACAAGAUCUGAAAAGGGGCAAAAACACCACAUCUUUGUUGACAGGUCGUGCUUUUCCAAGCAAGAAAUACAAAAUGUGUCCUCUAUUCUAAAAGGACUUGCGUAUUUGGUUGAGUUUUUAUUACUAUCAAAUACCGGAUCAUUGUCCGAAGAAAACAUUUAUUUGAUUACAUACGGAUCAAAAAUUCGUCCUUUUCUCGCUGGACAGUCGCCAUUGGAUGACGAGUUAAAAAAGAUAUUGAAUUUGAUAGCUAUAAAGAGUGGAAGUGAAAUGGUGUUGGGGGAAAGCAUAUCAAAGAAUAUAGAGAGCAGAUUCGCCAAUUCUUUCAAAGCGACAUGGGAAAAAGGCGUUUGGUUCAAAUGUAAAUUUGGACACAUUUCGCAUUUACCAAAUGGUAAAGGUAAGUGUGGUUCCUGCAACAUCAUGAUUACUACGGUAACUAGUCUUAAAGGACCUAACACUGUGCAGGCCUUAUCUAUCGCUGGAGAAAUUGGAAAAAUUUGGAAGCCUUCAGUACAGAGUAAAAUGACUGAUCAUAAUCGUAGUGUAAUACCUGCAUAUAAGAAAGAGUUCAAAGUACAACCAACACAAGGACGAAUAAACAGAGAUACCCAAACAGGUUUUCGAGGCAAACAACAAGCAAUGCGAUUGAGUAACUGGGAGUCAAAAGAAAGUGAUACAACCCAAGAUGUACUGAAAGUUGAAAAUGAAAGUGAAGAACUGUCAAUGGACCCAAACUUCAUUAAAAGAUGUGAUAAAGAUACUGCAACCCUCAAAGACCUCAAGCAAGCUAAGAAUAACAAAUUCUUUGAAGAUGGCAAUAACAGCAAACUUCACGUUCAAGAAUAA